CGUCACAGAGAAUGAACGUUCGUGUACCGGAAACGCGAUGCUUGUCAUGAAACGUAGUGAUAACCACAGGAAGGAGCAGUGCGUGUUCUCCGUCGUUCUAGAAAAAUACCGAAAACUCACCGAAUUCAUGGCGAUUUUUGUAAACGUCGCCGAGAUAUUAUUUCGGGUAUAGUAAAACGCCGUACGAAUAUUUACCACGCGUCUUUAUCAAGUUUAUCACCGAAGUUUAUUCCGAGCAUGGAAAACGUCGGCGGUGGAAUUCUUUAAGUAGUUCGCACACGUGAAAAUAUUCUAUAACAAAGGAGGACGAGUUUACGUGACAAAAGAGUCCGAUUGCGAAAACGACAAGGCUGAACGGCGACGUAGCUGACGUGAGCAUCCACGGGACACGCGUUCAAUUUUCGGAAAAAAAUGUAUCGAGCCGCUACGACGCAGCUUCGUUAGGAGGAAUUGCGAGUGGAACUCGGAAUACGCGAAAAACCGUGAGCCAUGGCGUUCCUCAAGUUUAAGCUUCCUUCGACGAUGCUCGUCAGCGGUGUCGUCACACGCCCAUCGUUAAUUAAAACCGGCACGAUUUCCCCGAGCGAAACCAAAAUUCCGAUUGGGAAAAGAAUACACGUAAUUGAAUACAAAGAAGCCAGUGCAACGAACAAGAGCAUCAACAGAGGUUUGCUAUCGCAGUUCCUUUCGGCGUCGAACGACUCUUGGAUGCUGUCCAAGGAACUUCGUCCUUCGUUCGCCCGCGACUCCCAGCAUCCGUUAACCAAAUUUUAUUUCUCCGUCUAUUCGUCGCACGCCAUGCGGUCGCGUAAAGAUUUGUUAGCCGGGUUCAAGUCUGUUUCCGAGAACGUUCGCAAUUACUCUUCAUGCAAGGAGCCCCGCGACGACAAAGCGAAACCGUGCGAGCUCGCCGAGAAGGAGAAGGAACAAGAAUUACCAAAAGACUGCUCCUCGCAGCUUGACGAGAAACAGGAACUGUGUCAGCAGUCUGAGACGCCGUGUCCACCUCCUACCUAUCCCGAAGAUCCCGGCGUGUGUAAACCAACUCCUUGCCCGGACAUACGAGACUACUGUACCACCCCAGUGUCGUAUAAAGAAACAUUUUGGAAAUUGGUGACUCUACUUUCAUUGCCCGUGGUUAUACUCGUGUCAGGAUUCGUUUACACCAGAGAAUUGGAAAACAGGAAGCAACCCAGGCCCGAGUUCGUCGACGUUCCUUACUUGCGAAGAAUCGUCAAGCCUUUCCCAUGGGGUGGCAACCGCUCAUACUUUCACAACCCCAGACUGAAUGCGGUGUCUCCGCACGGUUACGACAUCGAAGAUCCAAAUGCUCUCCCAGAAAAUUCGGAUUAAUGUAAUUAAAGUAGUGAAGAAGAGAAUCGAGCAUAUUACGACUGCUCUCACAUUAUCCGUCCGAGAGUCCAGAAACGUUGCGUCUAAAUUAAGAACGGAAAUUGUAUGAACGUGUAAAUGUCCAGUGAUUUAUUGUAAGAGAAUAAAGAAACGUGAAAUUACGUAUUCCGCGUUUCCUUUUCGAAAGCAACUGCGAGCAAACUGCGGAUUUUUAUGCAAAAUAAAAUAUUCAUAUUCUGAAUGUCACGAACGAAGUCCAGUCUUUUUGAAUGUUCUGUACAUUUUUCCAUAUAAGAUUCAUUCCUUCUACUUUUCACAGACCCACUUUCUUUACAAAAAAAAUCAAAUCCGUAGUCUGGUCAUGAGUAUUCCGUUUCUCGUGUCCGAAAAUUGAACGGUUCAAAGGAUAUGUACGUAAAUUGUUUUCGUAACGUGUAAAUAUCCCACGAUUUAUUGUAAGGCAAUAAACGUUGAAACGGAACGUGAAAUUACGUUUUCUAUAUGUUUCC